AUGGCCAAGAACGAUAUCACAUUUUAUUAUUUUGAUUUGAGAGCACGUGGUGAAAUAUCCCGUUUGAUAUUGGCAUGUGGUGGUAAAAACUACAAAGAUAUUCGAUUUAAUUUUGAGCAAUGGCCUGAAUAUAAACCAAAAAUGAUCCUUGGCCAAUGUCCCGUAUUAGAAUUAGAAAAUGGUCUUCAACUACCUCAAUCGCUAGCUGUUGCACGUUAUUUAGCCCGAGAAAAUAAUCUAGCUGGCAAGAAUAAUUUAGAAUCAGCACAAAUUGACGCUGUUAUCGAUACUCAACUUGAUACCUAUAACAAAUUUUUACCUCAAUUCUUUGAAGAAGAUGAGACGAAGAAGAAAGAAGAAAUGGAAAAGUUACUGUCAGUAAAUAUGCCAAUUCUUGUUGAAAAUUUGCAAAAAUUACGUCAGGCGUAUAGUGGAAAAAAUUCCAAAUAUUUUGUCGGUGAUAGUUUGACAUGGGCCGAUCUGUUUGUUUUUGAUUCGAUUCAACAGUUGCUACAUGGUCUACCCGGUGCCAAAGAAAAAUAUGCAGAUCAAUUCAAAGAAUAUUUGGAUCCAGUUACAAGUGAUGCUCGAUUGAAAGAAUAUUUAAAAUCCCGACCAGAUUUUAAAGUAAUUUGA